AUGAGCAACAUCAUCCAGCAAAUGGAUCCUCGCCCCAAUCCACAAGUGGUUACAAACGAUUAUGAUCUGGUCGACCCUAACGGCAACGUUAUCCUUCCGCUACUUUGGGAUGCGGUUGUGCAAGAUGGCAUGAUUAUCACGCUGCGCCCGAAGCAGCCCGUGGUAGUUCCGCCAGUAGAGGUCCAGCAACUCCAGGCGGAUGUCCAGCAGCUCCAGCCACAAGUUCAAGCACUCCAGCAGCUCCGGCCACAAGUUCAGGCACUCCAGCAGCUCCAGCCACAAGUUCAGGUACUCCAGCAGGGGAUGGAGCGGAUGGAGCGGAGAGUCCGCAAUGUUAAUCAAAAGCGUAUCUCCAUUCUUAGAUGGUUUACAACUUAA